UCCGUUAUCGUGUCUACGGUGGCUGCAACGAGACAAUCCAGUAGCAGGCGGUGUGUUACCGGAAGGCAGUGGUGGUGGAGAAGUUUCUUUGAGUCGGGACGAACCGGGCUUGAGCUGCCGCCGCCACCGUCGUCAUGGAGACUCUGUACCGGCUGCCGUUCACGGUACUGGAGUGCCCCAACAUCAAGCUGAAGCGGCCGAGCUGGGUGCACAUGCCUUCGGCCAUGACGGUCUAUGCCCUGGUGGUGGUCUCUUACUUCCUCAUCACUGGAGGAAUCAUUUAUGAUGUGAUUGUGGAACCUCCCAGUGUUGGUUCAAUGACAGAUGAACAUGGACACCAGAGACCCGUGGCCUUUCUGGCAUACAGAGUAAAUGGGCAGUAUAUUAUGGAAGGGCUUGCCUCCAGCUUUCUCUUCACAAUGGGAGGCCUGGGUUUUAUCAUACUGGACCGUUCCAAUGCACCGAAUAUCCCAAAGCUGAACAGAUUUCUGCUGCUUUUUAUUGGAUUUGUGAGCGUCCUGUUGAGUUUCUUCAUGGCCAGAGUGUUCAUGCGGAUGAAAUUACCGGGCUAUUUAAUGGGCUAGUGCUUUCUCUGGCUGAGGUGUGCACAGUUUGGAUUCUCUCCUUCUCCGCGUAAAGAAACAAGUCAGCAAAAACUCUGCGGCCUCUUCCUUCACGUCUGAAGAGAAAAGAAAAAGAGAACUGACCAAGGAAAGGACUGCCUUCUCAUUCUCCUAUUAGAAAAAGAAGCAUUUGUUGCAAACAGUUUUUAUUGACAGAUGUCUGUUUGUGUUUUUCCCCCACUUCAAAGAGAACAAAUUAUUUGGAAUAUCAUUAAGGCAGAAGUUUAUGGAGCAGAAAAAUAUAACAUUUUCACACACCAACACACCCCCUCCCCCAAAAAAGUGACUAAAAGAAAGUCAUAUUACUUUAUUUCAUUAUACCUGCCAUAGUAGUCCCUCUACUUGUGAGAGGGUUUUUUUCCGUUAAUCAGGGUAAAAAAAUGUAUACAUUGAUCUUUUAGGUGUCUGUAAGUGGAAAUAAUUGUUGGUGAUUGCCAUUGUUCACCAGCAAGUGGGAUUCAGCAGAUGGCUCUCUAUUUAUGGCUGAAAAAAGCAGCCCAAAUUGACCAUACUUACUGGUAAACUGCAGUGGGGUGGGGGAUUAGCGGAUGCCUGAAACUGGGCUCCUGGUUCUUCAUCCAUCUCAGUCUCCUGCCACCAGUCUCCUGUUGGGUGAUGCAAGAUGUCUUUCUGUAUACGUGCAGCAGGAGCACUGUUUGUAUAAACCCAUAUGCUCGGGCAAGGUCUUUCAUUUUCCUCACCAGCCUUCUUCAGCAUCAGCAGAGCUGAUUCACACGUUUCCACACUAGGGCGUGUCCUUGCUCUCAAGUAUUGACUUGGAUACCAUUAGCACUGACAUUUCAUGCUCUCAACGCAAACAGACACAGGCAAAGGAAACCCAUUUUUGAGCAAAAGUAGUUCUUCCUUUUGGUAAAGGCAUUUUAAAAAGGACAGAUUAAAUAAUUUUUCUAUUGAA